UAUAAAAAGAAAAAGAAUUUAUAUAGCUACAAUUAUUAAUUUCAUGAUGCAACAAGCACUUCCUUACAAGUCAUCAUGUAUACCUAUAACACCAAGAGUUCAUCCAAAUGAUCGUCAUCAUCGUGUAAGUACCAGCAAUUCAUCAUUGUACGUUAAAGGUUCAAAAGAGGAAUUGAAUAACGUUGUUAAGGAUAACGCGGUUAUAGUUGUGGGAAGACGAGGUUGUUGUAUGAGCCAUGUUGUCAAGCGUUUACUUCAUUGUCUCGGAGCCAAUCCUGCUAUUUAUGAAAUCGAGGAAGAGGACGAAAAUGAAGUCGUUGAUGAGUUGGAGAAUAUUAUUGUCGCCGGAGGUGGUGAUCGGAAAGAGACAGGACGGUUGCAGUUUCCGGCGGUGUUCGUCGGAGGGGAAUUGUUUGGUGGAUUGGAUCGGAUCAUGGCGGCUCAUAUUACCGGCGAGUUGACUCCUAUAUUGAAAAAGGCUGGAGCCUUAUGGCUUUGAAUUAUUUAUUUCUCUUUUUUUUUUUUUUUUGGUGUUUUGGGAAAUAAAUCAAACUUGGUAGAUGUGGAAAUACAAGAUUUUAGUUAAGGGUAGGUUCAAUUUUUAUAAUUUGGGGUUACUAUUAUGAAUGAUUUUUCGCUCAG